AUGUCCGACAACGAUCAAACAAGUGGCGCCGGCGGCAAAGAGAUCGAUUUUGUUCUGUACUAUUACGAGCCUGCGCUUGCAGCUAGUAUCACAUCGACAGUUGUCUUUGCUAUUCUGACAGCACUGCAUGUAUGGCGUCUCCUUCGGGCCAAAGCUUAUUAUUUCACUGCAUUCACGGUUGGUGGUCUAUUUCAAGUGGUUGGCUAUGCAUUCCGAAUCUGGGGACACUUCGACCCUGAAAGUGUCAUGGCCUUCGCCAUCCAGGGCACUUUUAUCCUCGUGGCCCCGGCUCUCUUCGCCGCCUCUAUCUACAUGAUUCUCGGACGCCUCAUUCGCACCUGCCGUGCUGAGCACCUCUCGCUCAUUCCGGUCAACUGGGUCACCCGCAUCUUCGUUCUUGGCGACGUUGUUGCAUUCACCGUCCAAGCCAGCGGCGCCGGCCUCUCUGCCGCCGGGGACUACGACCUCUUCAAGCUCGGCGAGAAAGUUAUCAUUGGCGGUCUAUUCGUCCAGAUCGUCGUCUUUAGCUUCUUCGUCUGCACAUCGGUGCUGUUCCAAUACCGUCUGACGAGGAGCCCCACGCCCGUCUCGAUCGAGGGUCGUCUGCCGUGGAAGAGGCACUUGUACGUGCUGUACGGAACCAGCGCCAUCAUCCUGGUGCGUAGCAUCUUCCGUGUCGUUGAGUACAUCCAGGGCAACGACGGGUACCUCAUCACCCACGAGGUCUACCUUUACAUAUUUGACGCGCUGCUGAUGGCCGGCGUUAUGGCCAUCUUCGUUGUGUGGUACGUUGGGGACCUCGAAUCGAAGAAGAAGCGCAAGGCGGCCAACCUGGACUCCUUGCACUCGAGUGACGGAAUCGUGGAGAUGCGCAGCAGGGAUGCUUGA